UCAAGCGUCGCUUUGCACGCACUGGUAGCCAUGGGGAGCUGCAACGCUCGGCUGUGUGAAGACGGCAAUACUGGAUCAGUUCCACACCAACAUGUGCAUCAAUGCCUCUUUCCGAUGUAUGUCGUCAAGGUCUCUGAUUUUCUAGAGAUGGAGGGUGCGCCAGAACCACACCAUGUGCUCCUUCAAAAGGGUUUGCUGCAUCAGUGGAAGCCAGGCAUGCGGGUGAUUUUUGUCUCACACCAGUGGCUUGGUGGUGUGCAUCCGGACCCAGAGGGACGACACGCGGCGGUGUUGCGCAGCACUCUGCAAGGAGUCAUGGAUGGAUCUUUGCAAGUCGAGUUGGACGUGGCGUACGACCUGGACAUCGAUUUUGCUUUUUUUGUGGAGUAUACUCGUCAACAAGUCCUUUCGGGCUACAUCUUCUUGGACUGGUUUGCUAUCCCUCAGAUCACGGCCCGCGCAGAGGGGGUGAACGAAGAAAGCACCAAGAGCGAUGCGGCGCUGGCCGUUCAAAGCAUUCCUUUCUAUGUGGAGACGUCAAACAUUUUCUUAGCCUUGGUACCUGAGGUGAAACACUGCACAACUGGAAAGUUUUGUAACUAUGCUUCGUGGCUGUCCAGAGGAUGGUGUCGCGCAGAGUUAUGGUGCCAUCUCUUGUCCAACAAAGCCUUCAACCAGGUCAUUGUGGUCUACUCCACCAAAGAGUCGCAGCUCAUGUUUCCCAGGGACUGGCAGGACAACACCAUUGUGGAUGGGGACUUUACCGUUGAAUCUGAUCGCCACGUGGUGAAAAAAUUGGGUGAAGUAGCUCUGGAGCACAAGAUUCAGAAUCUCUCCACAGCAGGGCCAUUGAAUCUGUAUCGAUUCUUUUUGGCACGAAGAUCUAAGAUGUUGGGAGAGGCUGAAGCAACGACUUGGGAGGUGGAGACUUUCUUGCGUCAUUUCAAGUUCCCCGACUUGGACGCUGCCAUUUUGGACAAGGGCAGCAUGAGUGCAGUGCAGUGUGCCACCUUCUCUGGGGAUGUGGAGAUGCUCCGUUUCUUGGUGCAGAAGAAGGCCGACGUGAACGACAGUUUGCAGGGCUUAGCGGAGUUGGGUUAUCCCGACCAUUGGAACUUGUUGAUGACGGCUUUAGAGUCGAGACAGUGUCCCGAGAUGAGCCUUCGACAGGGCAUUUGGAUCCGCACCUUGUUGGACUUGGGCCUUGAUGCUAACAGUUCGACCUGGGAGGGCACCACCUGUUGUUCCUUCGCCAAGAGCGCGGCUCACGUCACGGAGCUCCUGCGUGGCCGGGCGGAUCUGCACCGCAGCGGGGUGCCAUUGGGCCUGGUGCCCAUGGCGAAGGUGGCUGGUAUGGCCAAUCUGGAAACCUUGCAGAAGCUCUUGGAACUCCGCUGCGAUCCCAAUCCGCCGCUGCAGGGCUUGGGGAUCACCCCGUUGCUCUCCGCCGUGGCAUUGAGUCGGGGAAACCCCAAAAGUGUGGAGAUCGUGCGGAGUUUGUUGGAGGCCCGAGCCAAUCCCAACGUGGCUUCCAGGCAAAGUGGGAGCAUCUGGUUGUCCCUGGUGGCAGUGGGCCGAGUGAAGGUUGCCCUGUUGGGUCGCGAGACGUGCACACCGCAGACACGUUCUGCUGCAACUCUACCCGGAUCCACACCUUUGUUGGCGGCUGCGGGCAUCGGAAGCGAAGAACUUGUGGAGUUGCUGAUGAGCUACGGGGCGUAUCCUCAAGUCAACGACCGCGGCGAAAGCUGCGAAUUCCUGGCUGAAGCCAAUGGACAUUACAAUGUGCUUCCGUGUUUCCAAACAGUUGCAGUUUGAGAUGCAACUUUUUUUUUGGCGUUUGGCAACAGAGCGACGCAUUCUGCCUUUUCGUUUUGCGUCCAAUGCGUCCGCAAACGCGGCCGUUUUUUCUGGAUGCUGACCCUUUUGCCGAGGAAAUAUUUCAGAGUA